AUGUUCGGCUUCAGAGCCAAGCUGUCGACGCAAGACGUGCUGCUGCAGAUAAAAGAAGAAAUACUCAGCGAAAUCCCACGCUACGGAGAAAAUAUCAUCAUGGCACUCGACAUCAAAGGCGCCUUUGACAAUGUCAGUCACGAAGCCAUACUAACGGGCCUAGACAACCUGAACUGCGGCAGAAAAACACACGGCUAUGUCAAAGCAUUCCUGUCGGGCAGAACAGCGACCAUCGGGCUAGGAGAGCUAAGAUCAGACAAGUUCAGCACUCCAAACAAAGGCACACCGCAAGGGUCAGUUAUCUCGCCCAUCCUUUUCAACGUGGCAAUGAUAGGACUGGCCAAACAAUUAGAGGAAAUUGGGGGUAUACGUCAUGCGAUGUACGCCGACGAUAUCACCAUCUGGGCGCAAAGAGCUCCGCUAGGAUACCAAGAACUCAAGUUGCAAGAGGCCGCAGCAUGCGUAGAAACAUAUGUCAGGGCAAGAGGACUCGCAUGCUCAACGGAGAAAUCUGAGCUCCUGAGAGUACGCCGGAGACGCAAGGCCAGCGGCGAGGCCGAGCCCCUGAAAAUCUACCUGGAGGGACACCAGAUCCCGGAAGUGACGCAAUGCAGAAUACUGGGGAUGUGGGUGCAAACAAACCAGCGUUGCACAUACGCCCUGGCACUAACCAAGACUGCAGUCAACCAAGUGGCCAGAAUGAUAAACCGGGUGUCGAAAAGAAGAUAUGGCAUGAAGGAGGCAGACACACUCAAGCUGAUAAAAAGCCUAGUAGUCAGCAGAGUGGUGUACAGCCUACCGUACUACAACUGUGUCAAAAGCGAAAUCCAGCAAAUCGAUACCAUCCUAAGGAAAGCACUCAAGACGGCGCUUCAAAUACCCCAAACAGCGUCGACCGAGAAGCUGCUAGCCCUAGGGCUGCACAACAGCUUUGAGGAACUGCAAGAAGCCCAAAGGAUCGCACAAUUCCAAAGACUACAGCAAACUGAAACCGGUAGAAGACUUCUAGUCAGGUACGGCGGCGAAUCAACCCUACGAGAAGUACAAGAUAACAUGACGAUCCCGGACGAGUACCGCAGUACCAUCAGGGUAGCACCAAUACCCAGAAAUAUGGACCCGAACCUGCACAAGGCACGCAGGGAGGCGAGGGCAGAGUACGUGCAAAGGACACUGGCCACCCGGAACGAAACGGUGUAUGUUGACGCCGCAACAUACGCCGGCAAAGGAGAAGGCAAUAAGCAUAAAGUGGCGACGGUGAUUGGCCCGGACCUCAGGGAAAUCACCAGCGCGUCAAUACGAAACUGCACGGUAGUUGAAGCCGAGGAAGCGGCCGUAGCUCUAGCGGCAGUGGAGGGCUAUCGACUAGGCAAAUCCCUAACGAUUCUAACAGACUCGCAAACAGCAUGCCGGAAUUACAUGAAUGGCAGGAUCAGCCGCAAAGCGCUGAACAUUCUCCGCUCUAACGGCCGACCCACAGACAAGCAAAGCAAACACGCGAUAGUUUGGAUACCGGGACACAUGAGUGUCGAGGGAAAUCUGGAGGCAGAUAGGAUAGCUCGAGGGUACGCAACAAACCGGGCGUCCAAGAACACUGCCGCCAUAGAGGACCCAGAACCGAUUGUUGAAGAGAACACUGUCUUCGUCAAGGCGAAGUGUGUGUCACAGGUGAACGACAACAUCGUUUACGACGUGGAAUUUGAGGCAUCAAGACAGAAGGUGCAGCUCGACAGAGCUUAG